CCAGACUUUCUCAGUUGGAGCAAAACUUUCCUGAGUUGAGGAGGAUGAAGUGAGAGGUUGGACGCCAGCAGCUGUAUGAGUGAGUAACAACAGCAGGCAGAGAGUGGCUGGUAGUGGAUAAACAGAAACAGGAUGAUUUCUUAAUUAUAGGUUUCCCUGACCAGGCUGGAGGUUUAUGUUUUUUCUAGGUAUACAACCAAAAGUUUUCUUUACUGGUUGAGUUGUGUUUUUUUAUUGUUUUGUGAGAAGAAACUAUAGUUCUUUUUUUAGAAAAAAAUGAAUUUGAUUAUCAGCUUAUGUAAUGUUUGUUAUAGAUAAACAAGAUAUCUUUUCACUUCUAUUUAAAUAAAACAGUAUUUAAACAAUUUCAAAUUCAAAUGAAAUAUAGUUUUUUUCUCAUAGUGAAUUUUAGCAAUGUUAAAUGAAGUUUAGCCACUAGAGAGAGAUUAUUACUUCACAUCAUUAUGCUGCUGGCUCUGCUUCUGGUUCUGAGUCUUUGCUCUGACGCUCGCUCCUCCGAGCCAUCAUCGAUAACCAUCCAGUACCGUGUUUGGGAGGAACAGCCGACGGGAACCCGGGUUGGCCGUCUGGUUGACGACCUCCGGCAAAGGGACGAAGGUGGUCCUCUGGAGGAUUUCCAGGUGGUGGAGCACGGGAAAGCCCUUCCCUUCUCCGUCAGCACUCGAGAUGGGGUUGUGUCCACCCAGGGCCGGCUGGACAGGGAGGAGCUGUGCAGUGGCUCGGAUCUGUGUGAAGUGGCCUUCAGUGUCCUUUACAGGAAAAUUGGUGCUAUGAACUGCCUGCGGGUUCGAGUGGAGGUGAUGGACCUGAAUGACCACAGCCCCAGCUUCCCCAGCGCCCUGCAGGAAGUGGAGAUCUCAGAGACUGCUGGCCUCAGGAUGCGUAUCCCUUUGGAACGGGCCAUCGAUCCGGACGCAGGACCGAAUGGCCUCCAGACCUACUCGCUGUCCGUCAACCAACACUUUGCUCUGGAUGUGACAGUCGCACCAGGUGGGACCAAACAGGCAGAGCUGGUUGUGAUCAAAGAACUGGACAGGGAGGUUCAGGCCACAUUUGACUUAACCCUAGUGGCAUGGGAUAAAGGAAACCCCCCCAGGUCCGGGAGCACAUUAGUCCGUGUUAAUAUUCAGGACUCAAAUGAUAACAGCCCCAUGUUUGAGGACAGCACACCCACUGUGGAGCUAUUUGAGGAUACGGCCCGUGGGGCAACCAUUAUCAACCUCAAAGCCACUGACCCAGACCAGGGUGCCAACGGGGAAGUGGAGUAUUCGCUUAGUAAGCACGCACGUCCAGAGGUUCAUAAGCUCUUCUAUGUCAAUCCACAAUCUGGAGCUGUGAGUAUCAAAGCACCUCUGGACUACGAGGCCCAGACCUCUUAUGAAGUCAUCAUACAGGCCCGUGAUCGUGGGCCCAAUGCGAUCGCCACGCACUGCAAACUACACGUCAAGCUUAGGGAUGUAAACGACAAUGCACCGAGGAUUCACAUGACCUGGACUCCACCCAACUCACCUAUGGCAACUGUGCUGGAAGGAGCACUAGAGGACACCUUCCUUGCUCUGGUGAUGGUCUCUGAUGCUGAUUCAGGAGGCAAUGGCAAAGUGAGAGCGCAAAUUCAACAAGGAUCUGGCCCUUUUCGCCUUAAACGAAUCCACGGUGACAAUUACAUGAUUGUUACCAAUGGCAGCCUGGAUCGAGAAAAGGUGAUGCAGUAUAACAUCACGGUCCUCGCCCAGGAUUAUGGAGAUCCGCCACUGUCUUGUGUUAAACACCUGCCUGUCCACGUUCUGGAUGAGAAUGACAACGCCCCUGUGUUCUCCACCUCUCUGUACAAGGCCUCCUUCAGGGAGAACAACAUGGCAGGCUACCACGCUCUCAAAGUUGAAGCCCAUGAUGUUGACCUGGAGUUCAGCGGAAGAGUUUCCUACUUCAUACGCAACCCUAAUGAAGUGGAAUCUAACCCCCUGUCUUUCUCCAUCCACCCUACCAGUGGUGUCAUAAGCGUCCAGCGUCCUCUAGACUAUGAGGAAUCCCACACCUACUCUUUCAUGGUGGAGGCCAUUGAUCAGGGUCAUCCGCCUCUCACCAGCACGGCUUCUGUGCAAAUCGACGUCCAGGAUGUCAACGACAACUACCCAGUCAUCAAGGAGCCAAAACCCAGAAAGGGCGUGGCUUUUCUAAGUGUGCCUGUCAAUACAGACAAGGGGGAGAUUGUGACUGAGCUGGGAAAUGACAUUGAAGAGGGAUUCACACCUUUACCAAUCAAUCACUCAGUCGGAGAGGGACUUGUUGGAUUCCUUGCAUCCACCAUACAGGCUGAAGACCCAGACUCUGGGCUUAACGGACAACUCAGCUACCACAUCACCGACGGAAACCCUUUUGGUCUAUUCUGGUUGGAUCGGGCUACAGGCCAGCUGUUUGUGAACACCACCAAUGCUACUGAGCUAAUUGGGAAAACCUUUAAGAUGAACAUUGCUGUGUCUGACAUGGGCAGUCCCAGCCUGACCACCAAGUCCACUCUGGAGGUGACUUUCAUUAAUCUCAAGGACCAUCUAAAGAACUCGUCACCAGGUAACCGCGGACAGCUCAGCUUCACAAUGAUGAUGGCGAUCUGCCUGGGUGGCACCUGCCUACUGCUUCUGUUUGCCAUUGCUUUGGUGACAACGUUCUGCCGCCCAGAGAAACGAGACAGCCGGGCUUACAACUGCAGACAAGCCGAGUCAACCUACACCAGCCACCCGCGGCGGCCACAGAAGAAUAUCAGGAAGUCUGACAUCCAGCUAAUUCCUGUCAUCAGAGGCCGAAAAGAGGAGACUGCCGAGGAUGACAGUGAAGCCCAGCCACUCGCACCGCCUCCAAUGCUGUCAGACGAUCAACAAUCUGAGAGGCAGUAUACCUUGGCGGCAUCAGUCAUGAACACGAGCUUCCAUUCCCAAGGCUACCAAGAAGUGGAUGCCACUCAACCCGCCACCCACCACUGCAGAACACUUAGGAAACCUGCAAACAUCGAACUUGAUGGCACUUUACCACUGACGCCCGCUACUUCUUAUCGGACUCUACGGAAAGCCAGGAACCCGUCAUCCUCAUCGUCUUCGGUUUCCCGUUCGAGCACCUUGAAGCGCCAGACCCCCGUUGAAAGGGAGGAGGCGGAGCCGCUGAGUUCAGCAUCACAGGCGACCCUCAGGAGGCCGAGGACAUCGGAGGGACGAGGGGGGCCCGAUGCCGAACAUCGGCAGAUGCUUCGAAACCUGGUACGACUGUCCAUGGCUGCGUUUGGAGACUCCAUUGAGCUUUCCUCGGCUUCCCCAGAAGUGCAGCAGAUCUCCCAGCUCCUCUCUCUCCUCCGGCAGGGUCAGCUGCAGCCGAGGCCCAACUUCAGGGGGAAUAAAUACUCGCACCGCAACGGCAGCCAAAAACAGUUCCUCCGCGGCGCCCGGUUGGUCAGCUGGUUGAGUGUGCGCCCCGUGUCCAGAAGCUCAGUCCUCGCUGCAGCAGCCGCGGAUCUGGUAAAAGAAAUAAAAAAUAAUAGCAGUUCAAACAUCUCUUUCUGUCUUUCUGUCUCUGCAGACGACGUCUUCUCGGAGGUCAGUGACCCGGCCUGGAUGGCCCGACUCUCUCUUCCACUCGGCGCCGAUUACCACGACAAUGUCUUCGUCCCCAACGGGCCUCCGUCCCCUGAAAGCGAGGUCCUCCCCCGGGACGCCCUGGACUCCUCGUCCUUCUCCACCUUCGGUAAAACUCCAGAGAAGGACGGCCCGCUGGGGGGGGCCCUCCUGUCGGAGGUCAGCACGCUGUUUGAGAUGCUGAUGACGCAAAAGGCCGACGCCCACCCCGGCCCGCGACCCGACGUCCUCUACCGACUCUCCGCCGCCUACCGCCGCUCGCUGGGCCUGGACUGCUCCACCAACAUGGCCGCCGGCGGCAACGCGCCGAGGAACUCUGGGAACGCCGAGAAGAGGGCGGGCCUGGCGGCGCCCUCGGGACUUUAUCAAUAAGAGUAAAGUCCGUUAAUGAACAUUGGAAAAGACUGAGCUCACAACCGUUUUGAGGAGUGUUUCAGUGGCAUUACAUGAUCAAAUAUUUAAAGUUAUUGAUUUUUUUUUUUCGAUUUGGAAAUUCAUUAUAAAGGAUGUGUGUCUUUGAACCCUUAGAACAUACGAAGAUGAAUUCAGAAUGAACGUGAAGCUAAUAAUUGUUGCCUCAUUUAACAUGAAUAUGACUGUAUGGGUGCUUUUGUAGUCCAUCUCCCUCGAAACUGGAGCAGCAACGUGAUUCCAACACUCAAACUUAGUGGCACAACACGGAGGUGUUGAGGACGUUUCAACUAUAUGCAAAUAUUCUCUGAUGCGUAGGACAGACCACCAACAGUGCUCACUUUGAU